CUCACAGUCUGGAAAUAAGACUUGAACAAAUAAGUGAGAUUUUGAAAUUUUCUGAAAAGAGACUUUUAUCGUUGAAUAUAGAUAUUUUAAUUCAUUAGUUCAACUGGUUUCAUUAUAAGAUUUUCUUGAAUUUCAAACACUUGGACAUUCUUAAGUGUCAACAGAAAAACAGUUUCUGAAGUAUGCAAACAAGACAUGAAAAGGGGAACUUUAGGCAACGUUAUCUUUGUCAUUUUCCUUAUGAUAAAUGAACGGAUCCACUGUACGUCAUUAACGGAGGGGAACGGAACCGCCGCGAAAAAUAUUGAUGGAAAAAUAUUGCUGAAUCUUGGAAGAAAGCUUAAUAAGCCAAUGUUAACAUUGCUAGGAAUGGCGAUACGGAAUCUUGAAUACCGUCAUCCUUGUGAUGACUGGACACAGUGGUCAGAUUGUGGGGCCGUUAAAGAAGGCUACAUUGCUACAAGGAAACGAACAAGAACGUGUGAAAUAAAUCCGCCUUCAUUAGAACAGGGAAAUAGAACAACGGAAACGGACAUAACUAUUUGUGAGGGAUUUUGUCCCAAAGACUAUAACAUUACGGCGAAUGGAUUCUGUGUAAAACUGUAUGUUAGUAGAAAAACAUUCGAUGACGCAGAAAAGCAGUGCAGUGAGGACGGUGGUCACGUGAUGAAUAUUGACUCAGAGUUGAAAAACGGCGAUGUUCAGAAGGUUCUGCAGGGAUUUGGGAGCUACGUUCACAUUGACGGCCGGCGUAAGGAUUCAAGUUCAGCGUGGAUGGCGAUGAAUGGCUCACAGAAGAGAUUCUUCAACUGGAAUUCCGGAGAACCCGACAGUUAUUUAUGUAUAAUGAUGCACCCUAGCAAUUCAUAUUGGUAUGAUUCUACUUGCACAAGCAACAGACCAUUCUUGUGUGAAAUAACACAGUAAGACAAUACGCUUACUAAUUUUAAGGGACAAAACUGAACACAGAAAAAAAAAUUGACACCGUGUUAGGAGAGCGUUUAUUGACUAUAGAUAAAUCGAAGAUGUUGAUUGUUCAAUCUAAUGUUCUUACGAUUUUACAUACUAGUACACGUAAUAUAAAAGAAUACAUAUUAUAUUGUAAGUGAAGAGUAUAUUACUAUUAGACAGAUGAACUGAAUCUACUUUAGGUCUGGUGAUCCGACCUGCCUUAUACUUUCCAACUUGCCCUGUUUUCACAAAAAAGACUAUUUUUAAAAGUAUAUUGUGCUACAUAAAUAGUGAACCAACAGAAGGUGAAAUGUAAAAAGAACCGCUCGAACUUCAUUUCUAUAUCUUGUAAAUACCAAGAGUGCUCAGACGUACGGUGCUAUGUUUAGGACAUGCAUAUGUUUAAGAUUAAAUAAUCUCGUGCGCACGAUAUCGUACCUCAUGUGCACGACAUCUUAUCUUGAGCGCGUGACAUCUUAUCUUUUGUGCACGACAUCUUAUCUCGUACGCACGACAUCAUAUCUCGAGCGCACGAAAACUUAUCUCGAGCGUACGACAUCUUAUCUCGUGCGCACCACAUCAUACCUCUAGUUCUGAGGGAUUGAAAUUGAACACAGAAACAAUUUUGACACUAUGUUAGAACAGCGUUUAUUGACCUAUAAAUAAAUAGAAGAUGUUGAUUGUUCAAUCAAUUGUACUUAUGAUUUUACAAUAUAAACGAAUACAUAUAUUGUAAGUGAAGUGUAUAUUACUAUUAGACAGAUGGACUGAAUCUAUUUGAGGUCAAGUGAUCCGACCUGCCUUAUACUUUCCCACUUACCCUGUUUUCACAAAAAAAUAUUAUUUGUGAAAGUAUAUUGUGCUACAUAAAAAAGCAAAUUAACAAAAGAGCUCGGAGGUAAGGUAUACCGAUAUCUUUCGCUAUAUCAGUAAACUCUGCAAUGACAGUUUUCUUUUUGCAUCAAAACAUUAAAGCUUGUUUUAAAGUG